AUACCGACGGCUGAUUCGGCUGACACGGAGCAUUACGAAACGUACGCUGUCUUGAACAUCUGGCCGGGAAAAUCGUUUUUCUCCGGCAAACUCGUCGCGAGUGUGUUGUUUUGCUCGGACCAGAACGGAUUGGAGGAAUUCUGCUUCGUGCGUGCUUGCUCGUCCGCUAAAGGUGGUGCGUGCGUGCAUGCCGCGUGAGUCGAAAUUGCCGCCGUUGUGCUGGCUGCUCUUGCAGUUAUCCAUCUCCGGAUCUGAGCACACACAAACACCCUGGAUCCCGACCAAGACCAACCCAGCGUGUGAAGGUCAUUAAGACACCCGGACCGACCCCGUAGACUGUCGGCGUGUGAUGGUGUGAUGGUCUUACGACCUCGAAAACAAGUAUUGUUACUUACACGUGCAGUGUAAGUUUUCAAAUCUUUGGCGAAAAUCAAACAAAUCCUCAAGGAAGGUUACAACCUCCCCGGAAGUAAUAGCAAUAUAUUAAAAGUUCAGAACAUCGUACGUGAAAAGUGAUAAAAGAAUCUUCCUCGUUUUCCGACAUCAAAAUCGACCUGGAAAGCUGGUGCAUGUGAUUGUGUCCCCGAUUGUGUGUUUCACCUACGAAAAUGUCCCCAGUGACCAGUGACCAGUGACCGGUGUGUGUGUGUAUGUGAUGCCAUAAUGACCGUCCAUCAUCGAGAACGUCACCUUGGUGCUUGGUGUGAUGAGUGUGCGUUCAAUCAAUCGUAGUUGGCAGGGCGUUACCAAGUGUACGCAGCAGCAAAGGGCAGCAAAAUGAAACGAAAGUCCAAAAACCCACCAAGAGGAAGGUGCCUGUUGUGGUGAGUGGUGUGCGUUGCGGUUGCAAUCGGAAAAAGCUUCUGUGACGUGAAGUGAUUUGAAUUUCGAGCACCCCCUGCCCUGGGUGUGGCGUAAGUAUUGCAGUGUAGAGCAGCCGUGUGAUGUGUUGCAAGUUGUCUCUCCCCCACGAGGAACGCUCGAAAACAUUCGGGCAGUGUAGGCGAUGAAGUUAACCCUUGUGUAGAUACCCCUGUUCUCCGCACGCUCUAAUCAGGCAAAGGAAAGUUGAAAAAUCUAAUCCAACUGCAAACGCGUAGAGCGUAGUGUAGAGAGCGGUUCGGUAGAGCUUGGCGGUGUGUUGGCGGUGUUGAGUCAGGUGGACCGGUCCUAACCACCACCACCACCACCACUAGCACCUCUUUUGACAGGCACGGGUAUCACAGCACCGGUACCAAAAUAGCCGACAAAGUGUGGCAACGGAUUCGAUCCCCCCGGCCGCGGCGGGCCGCGGGUGGAUAUGUGAUCCCGCGGGCGGAUGCGCCCCGGCCCAGCACCAGCGUCAUGGAGGACACAAUCAUCGAGGUGGUGGACCGGGAUAGCUUGCAGCAGUCGCGGAUGGCGCUGCCCCCGCGCUACCGCUUCCGGGAUCUGCUGCUCGGUGAUUUCGCUUUCAACGACGAUGGUGAAAGAGUACGGGUAGAAUAUUAUGUAAAUGAAAACACAUUCAAAGAAAGACUGCAACUAUAUUUUAUAAAGAAUCAAAGAUCAAGUUUAAGGAUACGUAUCGCUAAUUUAUUCUUUAAGUUGUUAACCUGCAUACUGUACAUAUUUCGGGUAGUUACGGAUCUGAAUCCAACGUUCGCAACCUGCUACGGUUGCAAGGUGGGCAAUAAGACGGAAUUCCUCUGGUCGGCAACGCGAACCGAGGAAGCGUUCCAGGAGGAUCCCAUCAUCAAUUGGGACGCGAUCCUGUGGGUGAACCGGCCUAACGAGUUGUGGGCCGUACAGUUGGUGCUGGCGCUAAUUUCGCUCACGGAGGCGCUCCUGAUGGCGUACCUCGGAUACAAGGGCAACAUCUGGCAGCAAAUUUUAUCGUUUCAUUUUAUUCUGGAGCUCGUUACAACGAUACCAUUCGCAGUGACGAUUUUAUGGCCCCCAUUCAGGAACUUAUUCAUUCCAGUGUUUCUGAACUGCUGGCUCGCUAAACGAUCGCUCGAGAACAUGUUCAAUGAUCUUCAUCGAGCGAUGCAGAAGUCACAAUCAGCGCUAUCGCAACAGCUGACGAUCCUGUCGGCGACUCUACUCUGCCUAGUGUUCACAAGCGUCUGUGGUAUACAGCACUUUCAACGGGCCGGCCAUCGACACUUAAAUCUGUUCCAGAGCACCUACUACGUGGUGGUAACGUUCUCGACCGUCGGGUACGGUGACUUUGUGCCCGACAUUUGGCCCUCCCAGCUGUUCAUGGUCAUCAUGAUUUGCGUGGCACUAAUAGUGCUUCCGACGCAGUUUGAACAGCUGGCGUUCACGUGGAUGGAGCGGCAGAAGCUCGGUGGCAGCUACUCCUCGCACCGGGCGCAGAGCGAGAAGCACGUCGUCGUCUGCUCGACCACGCUGCACGCCGACACCAUCAUGGACUUCCUGAACGAGUUCUACGCUCAUCCGCUGUUGCAGGACUACUACGUCGUGCUGCUCAGCCCGAUGGAGCUCGACACCACCAUGCGAAUGAUCCUGCAGGUGCCGAUCUGGGCCCAGCGCGUCAUCUACAUCCAGGGUUCCUGCCUGAAGGACGGUGAUCUGGCGCGGGCCCGCAUGGCCGAGGCGGAGGCGUGCUUCAUUCUCGCUGCCCGUAGCUACGCCGACAAGACGGCCGCCGACGAGCACGCCAUUCUGCGCUCCUGGGCGGUGAAGGAUUUCGCACCCAAUAUCCCGCAGUAUGUACAAAUUUUCCGACCGGAGAACAAGCUGCAUGUAAAGUUUGCCGAGCACGUCGUCUGCGAGGAUGAGUUCAAAUAUGCACUGCUCGCUAACAACUGCACAUGCCCCGGGGCGAGCACGCUCGUCACACUGUUGCUACACACGUCACGAGGACAGGAGGGCCAACAGUCGGCGGAAGAGUGGCACCGGCUGUACGGCAAGUGCUCGGGCAACGAGAUUUAUCACAUCGUGCUCGGGGACAGCCGGUUUUUCGGCGAAUACGAGGGGAAAAGUUUCACCUACGCCAGCUUUCAUUCGCAUCGCAAAUACGGAGUGGCCUUAGUCGGAGUGCGACCCGCGGAGCUGCCCGAGUUCUACGAGGAAACGAUACUGCUCAAUCCCGGGCCGCGGCACAUCAUGAAGAAGGAUGACACCUGCUACUACAUGAGCAUCACCAAGGAGGAGAACUCGGCCUUUGUGGUGAACCAGAACCAAAACCAAAGCCCCGAUCAACCUCCGAAGGAAGCAACGACCUACACGGAGAGUGUCACUACCGGUGGAAGCAACCCGGCACCGGGCACUACCGCCCUCACCAGCGCCAUCACUAUCUCGGACUCGAAGUCCAACCUCAAGGAGAGUGCGGCGACACCGUUCUCGACGACCGCCCAUACCACUACCACGACCACGACGACCCAGUCAACGCUAGGACCGCCAACCAUCUCGUCCGCGAAUCAUCUCGAGAUUCCAAGCGGCAACAACCCCAACCUGCUCAGUCCAGACAUCCUCAACCAGCGGCGAGGCAGUCGGAGACCCUCGAUUCUACCCGUGCCGGACAUGUUCACGUCGUCAUCGUUUAGCAUCUCGGGCGAGGACGGUAUCGACGGCGAGGACAACGAGAGCGACGACGAGAUCGACGAUGACGUGCCCUGGCGGUCACCGUCGGAGAAGAUUGCAAUUGUGAAAGGCUUUCCCCCGGUUUCACCCUUCAUCGGUGUCAGUCCAACGUUGUGUUUUCUACUCAAGGAAAAGAAACCGCUCUGCUGCCUACAACUUGCUCAAGUUUGCGAACACUGUAGCUAUAGAAACGCGAAGGAAUACCAGUGGCAGAACAAAACCAUCAUCCUAGCAGCCGACUACGCGUCCAACGGCAUCUACAACUUCAUCAUCCCACUGAGGGCACACUUCCGCUCGAAAACGUCACUCAACCCGAUCAUCCUGCUGCUCGAACGACGACCCGACAUUGCCUUCCUGGAUGCCAUUUCCUACUUCCCACUGGUGUAUUGGAUGCUGGGUUCCAUCGAUUGUCUAGAUGAUCUGCUUCGGGCGGGCAUUACACUCGCGGAGAACGUCGUCGUCGUUAACAAGGAGCUGUCUAACUCGGCCGAAGAGGACACGCUGGCGGAUUGUAACACUAUCGUCGCUGUGCAGACUAUGUUUAAGUUUUUCCCCAGCAUCCGUAGCAUCACCGAACUGUCCCAGAGCUCAAACAUGAGGUUUAUGCAGUUCCGCGCCCACGACAAGUACGCGCUGCACCUCAGCAAGAUGGAAAAGCGGGAGAAGGAGCGAGGCUCACACAUAUCAUACAUGUUCCGGUUACCCUUCGCCGCCGGCAACGUCUUCAGCGCCUCGAUGCUGGACACGCUGCUCUAUCAAGCCUUCGUGAAGGACUAUGUGAUUACGUUCGUACGGCUGCUGCUUGGCAUCGAUCAAGCUCCCGGCAGUGGGUUCCUCACCUCGAUGAAGAUCAGCAAGGACGACAUGUGGAUACGUACGUACGGUCGGCUGUAUCAGAAGCUUUGCUCAACGACCUGCGAAAUCCCGAUCGGUAUCUACCGUACGCAGGACACGUCCAGUGCGGAUGCAUCACAUUACUCGAUCAAUAUGGCCGACGAGGCGCGCGAUAACCACGUGCAGCAGAUCGAACGAGCCGAGAUCGCAAACCUGGUGCGCAGUCGGAUGGAGUCGCUCAAUCUACCGAGCAUCGACUAUGACGAUGUGAGCGAAAAGCGCAACCAUCUGUCGUACGUGAUCAUUAACCCGUCAUGCGAUCUGAAGCUGGAGGAGGGCGACAUCAUCUACCUGGUACGGCCCUCUCCGUUCUCGGCCCAGAAAACGUUCGAGCGGCACAACUCGCGCCGCAAGUCCAACAUAUCAUUCUGCUCCAACAUCAACCUGGCGGCGGCGGCGGCCGGCUCGCGGCGCGGCUCCGGCAUCGGCCUGAACACCAUCGGUGGACCGCAGCCGAUGUCAGAUAGUCCUAAUGCAAUGGGACAGAUGCGGGGAAGGAGCAACUCCUUGAGGAUUGACAGCGACAUCUUGCUGAGACGCUCCAACUCACUGCGACAGGGACUGCCGAACAUCGGGGCAGCGGGACGCCGGAAGUCAUCGCUGGAGGAAAUCGGCAUCAGCCACUUUGCGACCCUGAUGCAGGCAACGAAUCACUCGAACCCGAUCAAGAUUGCUCUGAACGGUAGCAUCGGACUCGAGGUCACUCCACCGGAAGAACCGCUACCAAUCAUCGGUGUACCGUGCCUGAGCGGUGGCAUUAACCCGUCUACGCUCGGUGGACCCGGUUCCGGUCUGGGAGGCUCAACGCUGGGCGGUUCCACACUCGGCGGUUCGUCGCUUGGGCUGAGCACGGCCGUCGAGUCGAACAAUAGCGCCUCAACGCCGAACAUCCAGAUGCAGAACGAAUCCUCCCAGCAGCAGCCCCAGCAUCUGCAUGGCACGAUAGUAUGAUAUAACUUAAUGUGGGGCCGCAGGCUCCGCUCAGCGGUACGGAACAACAAGUGGAUAUAGAGCUAGCCAAACGCCCGUCGCUGCAGUCGUAGGUACUAGAUGAGAGAGGAAACCGCCCAUCCGUCAUCCGUUCGCGAUCGAGACCGUUUAGCUCCCUAACUCAACCGUAGGGAUGUCAGAGCUUUACAAUAGGGUCACAGUAGCGCCCUCCCCUCCACUAUCCUGUACUGUUCCUGUGCAUUAACCCAGGACUACUAGAUCGAUAGCAUUCAACGAACAGAAGAAACAAAGCAAACCGGUAGAGUACCAACGACCAGAUGGCAACGGGUUCGUUAAGACGCCAUGCGUAGCACGAUUUCACUGAUACAUAGCACACUUAGCAAGGUUAGACCCUACGAAGAAUAAGAACACUUACUAAACACAGCUGGACAAAAAAGGUGGACCGAAGGCAACACAAAUGGUAAAUUUUUGUACUUACUCAUUGAUACUGCAAACACACAGAACAAUAGGAAGCAGUGCUAGAGAGAAGACUGCUGCUGCUACUACUACAACUACUACUAUUACUACUAAUGCUAACAGAAACCAUACAGUUGCUUGUAAAGUUGUCGUUACUUUCGAGGAGAAGAUGCACACACACAUACAUAGAAAAACACAACCAGUGACUGUAUGUGUGUGUUUUGUAUGUAGUAAUUAAGGACUGGUUCCCGCACGGUUUGGAGCAUACCUUGUACAUACACGGCCAAACACGGGGACGCAACGAAACGGAACACUACCAACAAACAAACAAGAAAACAAGAAAAAUGGUCAACAAUAUUAACAAUGCCGAGCUGCGAGAGGUUAUAGCAACACGCCACAUUGCCGCAACGAUACUGCCAAAUUGGCAAGCGAUGGCAGCGCCUCCUCGGAUACAAUUGUGUUUGUGUGUGUGUGUUUAGGAGCAGAGAAAACGAGAUGCAUGUAUGUUGUGCGAUCAUAUCGAAUGAUGAGCGCUCAGUGUGAGUGUGUGUGUGCGCGCUCACUUGUAAAUAGUGAUAUUACUCUCAUUACGCGCGUUAUCCCUGCAGUUGUUGAUGGUUUUGUCUUACAAGGGUGCAUUGUUUUGGUUUGCACAAUAAAAAAAAACAAAAAGAUUUAAAUGCUUCGGCGGAUGGGAAGAAACCUCCGCUGUAUCCUGUAGCGUAAUUAGCUCGCCUAUAAAACCCAAAUACCAAGUGGUCCAAUGUAGUGAACAACAGUGCAGUAGUUAGAAGAGACUGUGCACACUCACAGAGUGUGUGUGUGAGUGUGUGUGAGUGCGUGUGAGUGUGUAGCUGAGUAGGAACGAAUUGAUUUAGCAAUGAUUUAGCAUCGUAUAGUGUGUAAUGUGAAUCACACCUACCCACAAAACAACACACUGUACAUAAAAUGUACACUAGCAGGUGUCCUUUAUUGAAUCAAAGAAGAAGAAGAAGAAAAAAAACUAGCAUUAGAAGCAAUCCAUCGAAAGAACACUUUCUUUUGCUUUGAGAUUUUGAAUUGUGAAUGCUCUCUCUCUCUCUCCCUCCAUCCUUCAGGAUACUGGUCUAUCAAUCAUUUUGCUAUCAUCCUAACCCACCCUCCCCAUGUUCUCGUCCUGUAAAACAGGUGCUGGUUUGAAAAAUAUCACCAAAAAAGAGAAAAAAAUAACAAAAAAUGGUCUAACUACUACUAAAGCUACUACCCUGCUACAACCCCCGUUGCUUUGGACGUUUGUUAAGGGGUUCAUCCGUUACGUUUAAGAGCUCCGAAUGCACUCAGUUUCGGUUACUGCUUCGGAACAAAAUGUUUAUCAAGCCACUGUGUUUGGAAGCGGAGAGGAUUUGAUUAAACGUUGAAUUUGGAGAGGAAUAUAUAAAUAGGUAUAUUUUUCUAAAAGUCUCAUGUUUAUAGUAAAAUAUUCAAUUUCCUUUUUCGUACACUGUGCAUAAUAUUAGAGUGGUAACACUGAAAACAGAGUAAAAGAAUAGUCAGAAGUUGUACAUAAGAUACAUUAAUAGAGAAAGUAUUGUAGUAAUAGUGGGAUUGGGUUUUUCCUUUCAUGUCAACUAACAAUUGUGUGCAAUUUUUAAGCUUCUUAGGCAGCUAACUUUAUGUCAAAAAGAUACAAAUGCCCUUGCGGCGCUUUAAAGUGUGAUAAAUAAUUCAACAUUGUAUUGUGGCCAACGUUUACCUUCUUUCCGAUUGAUCAUGUCUUUCUUUCAAUAAAUCAAAAAUAUCGUUAAAGUGUUUAUCAAAGUAUGGAAGCACUCUGUUAAAAACACAAUUGUUAGAUGACAAAGCGGGGAAAACAACUGUACAACUCACACAUCUACAUUUAUAAACAGAUACAAACAAACAAAAAGCUACUGUUACAUAGUGUAAUGUACUUAGAGACUACCUUUGCGUUGAAUCAAAUCUAAGAGAAAGGAAGAGUUUAUUUUUCGAUUUUUCGAUUUUUCUCGUACGACUUUCGUAUAACAAACAAACAAACUUGAACAAACAAACAACGGUCUUAAAACAAAAAUCAACAAACGACGGAACAGGGCCCGGUUUCUCGGGUGCUUCUGCUCCACGUUCAAGUAAGAAAAAAUCAUCGCUUUGGUAUACUGUAAACGCUUUACAAAAUGGGCAAGGGUAAAUCGACGGAUCAAACGGCUACUAGAACGCUACUAGAACUGUGGCUGGGGGUGAUGGAAGAGUGUGGAAGAUAAAGAAAAUAGAGAGAGAGGGAGGAAAAUUUCUCAGGACAGCCUCCAAGGAAAUGGCGCGUGUUUGUGUGGAAAUGUCGGAAAACUGUAGGCAUAAUUGUAGACGUUAUUUGACGGGAUGUAAAAAUGAAGGAGGUGACAGACAGACAGACAGACAGACAGUGUGACAACAUGCUUAAAAACUAACUAGUCAACUAACGCCUCCCUUUUUGAACGAGCACUGUGUAAUCGUAAGCACGUGAUCGUAAGAGAAAGAAAGGGAGGGAAAACGAGAGUAAAUAUAAAAUAAUAAUUUGCAAGUACUAAUUAUACUAAUCAUACUAAACUACUAAUCGAAAGGGUAAGAAAAAGGCAGAAAAAGAGCGAAAAAAAGAGAAGGAUAGAAGAAUAUUUAAUUCAUAGCACCAUUACCCCGUCUCUCCCCACCUCCGACUACAUAAUACAUUAGCGUGACGAAAAAGCGAGCGUGUGAUUUGGUUGCUAGGAAAGAGACAGCAAGCAAACGAGAGAGCGAGAUGAGACGAAAAGAGCCUCACCUCACCAAUCGACACUGCAUUGCUAAAAAGAAAGAGAACCUGUCAACUGUCGAACAAGAGAGAGCGUGAGAUCGAGAGAGAGAGAGAGAAAGAUAGAAUGAGGUGCCAUUCUGGUGAGAGUGUUCGAAGCAACUGUUACAACUACUAAAAAUGCCUUAGGAAUGGAAUUUUAGGUGUCAAGCGUCAAGUCGGACGCGAAGCUUUGGAAUAUAACUGUAAUCUCUAACACAUCAAGCGAUCAUAUGAGAGGAAGAAAGAGAAAGAAAAUCUAAAUAAAUAAAUGCAACAACCCAAAAGAGAAGAAGAAGAGCGCCCGAUGAAUUGCUGUGCUGUGUAAGAUAGAAUCGGUCCGGACAUUUUGUAUUAUAUAAAACUAAGCAGUUAAGAAAGUAAUAGUGCAACAGCCGCCGACCGGCACGAACGGGCACACAACAAAAGGCACAAGUCGAAAGGCACAGAGCUCAAGCAAAGGGCAAUGACGCGAGAAGAAUACACAGAAACACACACAUAGUAAUAGAGUGGACAACAACCACACAAAACCAACAUAACAUAUGCUAGUGCUUAAAAAUAGACGGAAACGGUUUAGAUUUUGAAAUCUCGUUUGUUUUUUUUUUAAUCUAACAAUAAUUGCACCACCUAAGGAGGGGAAAAUGAAACUACCGGAAGUGAUGCAUUUAGAGCGCAAUUGCAGCAGUAAAGUUUUGACUAAUUUUGUUCACGCACCAACCCAACAACCCCCUGUACGUUGCAGCAUUCAAAGCAUAUUAAUCGCACCCGAGCAUUAGCAACCAAUUUCGGAGUUCAAUUCAAGUACACGUAAUAGAAAAUACAUACACCCCUUUCGGUAGUGGCUAGUAGGCCCCGUACAACGUGGCUUCUGCUUUCCCUUUUGAUUCCUUUCCGGCCCACCGCUUUAGCUCUGACUCCUGUACAUUUCUACCACCAUCCCCAACCAUCCGGAAUAUACCGAUAGUAGUGAAACAUUCAGAAGAACAAGAAAGCAAGCUAGAGAGGUAAUGAGAGAGAGAGAAAUAGGACGUAGCGAGCGAGGAGGAAGAAGAGCAGCAAACCUGCCUUUCAGGCAAGGCAGAAAACAUAAAAAAAACACAUUUAUUAAACUCUUGAUCGAUUCAAAAAUAAAGAUUUGAUUAAAAUAUA